GACCCCUUCUUUUAGAUUCUUUUUGCUCUUCUAUUUCUAUAUAUACAUAAUGUACCUAUUCAAGCUUGUUAUUUCUACUCUUCUUUACUCCUCCAUUUCUAGCUAUUCUAAUGGCAGAUGAACAAUCGAGCACAUCAAAUAAUGCCUGCGUGGUCUCAGCUGGUAACUUUUCAUAGUACUUGUUUUUCUAGCAAAAGCUCUUUCUCUUUCUGCUUGUCAGUUUAUUUUAAGGAAUUUAGAGCACAAUUAUAAUAAGUACACUUUUCAUUAUCGUUUGAGAGGAGAGAGGUGCUAGCUCAUAGCUCCAUAUUUGAUAUUUUCUCUGUUACACAUUACAUGGGAGGCGAUGUUAUUUUCUGGUUGGUUGAUUUAAGCUUGGUGAGGCUAAGUUGUUGGGCAAUGAUUUGAAUCAUGAUGUUUUGGAGAAAGUGAAAUUGAAUCAAGAGUGGCCGCGUACAAUGCCCUCCAAGCAAAAGAGUUAUGCUGAUUGUAACAGCCCAGCACAUUAGUGAUAUGCCCGCUUCGGCUUAGACGAGCACGGCUUUAAAAUGCGUCACUAUAAUCUAAGGCUUGUUUGCUUAUAUACCCAACAUUUCUUCCGUAUUUUGUCGAUGUGAGAUUCAUCUAGGGUGUCACAUACACCCCCUUAGGGACUCAGCUCGCUGAGGUUUGCCGCACCAUCGUUCAAGAUUGCAUGCGGAGUGGUUCUGAUACCAUAUGUAACAGCCCAACCGAGACCACCACCGAAGAAACCUCUAAACUUCAAUUUUCAGAAGAUGAGGAAAUGCUCAUUGCAAAAAUGUUUAACUUGGUUGGGCAGCGGUGGUCAUUAAUUGCUGGAAGAAUCCCAGGAAGAACUCCUGAAGAAAUUGAGAAGUACUGCAACUCGAGAUACGUAAUCCAUAAGCCAGCAAAAUGCUUGAAAAUUUCCUCCUCCGUUAAUGAAGAAAGACGGAAGUUUGAAAACAACCUCUCCUAAUCUUGAAAUUUUACAUGCAAAUUUAGAGGCGGAUCUAGGAUUUAAAGAUGGCGGGUGCCAUAAAUUUCUUUAAUAUACACCUUCUAAUGAUUAAUAUAGAGAUUGUUAGGAAUGUAUACUCGGUUCGGUUCCGUCUCUUUUGAGAUUAUUCGGGUCAACUUAAUAGGCGUUUUUUAUUUACACGGGUGAAAAUUAUAUCUCAAAUAUCAAGACAAAUGUAAUUAGCAUUUUAUACCGAAA